UUUGUGUAGUGGGACACGCCAAGGGUCGUCCCAUAACACGACCAUGGCCAGCAGCACUCGCUCGUUGCGGAUUGGAGUGGUAGGAUAUGGACACCUAGGGCAGUUCUUGGUGGAGAAGAUUCUAUCUGAGGGGCCAGAAGUGGGUCUGGAGCUGGCUUUUGUCUGGAACAGAAAUCCAGACAAAUUCAAAGGUGUGGUCGCGGAGGAAUUUGUACUACAGGACUUGUCAUCCUUUGCAGAGAGACGGAGUGAUGUAAUUGUGGAAGUCUGUCAUCCUCACAUUGUCAAGGAGUUUGGAGUUCGCUUUUUGUCCAAGUCUCAUUUCAUGGUGGGCUCUCCCUCUGCCCUCUCAGACUCAGCACUGAACCAGAACCUCCGGGAGGCAGCACAGAGGUACAACAAGACUCUGUACGUGCCCAGUGGUGCUCUGUGGGGGGGGCAGGACAUCCAGAGGCUCAGCGACAGCGGGGCCUUGAAGGGCUUGUUCAUCCGAAUGUCCAAACACCCGUCUUGUUUCCGACUGACCAAAGACGUGCUCUCUGAUUGGUCGGAGGGCGAGGGGAGGCGGGUCUUAUUCAGAGGCUCAGUGGCAGAGCUGUGUCCAGUUGCCCCCAACAACGUGAACACGAUGGCAGCUGCAGCGGUGGCAGCAGGAGCUCUGGGCUUCAACGGAGUGCAGGGAGAAAUCGUGUCAGAUACAGAGUUGGGCGACUAUCACGUGGUGGAGGUAGAAGUCACCGGGCCUGAUGGCUUCACCGUGCACACAGUGAGAAGAAACCCUGCCAAACUCGGAGCUGUGACAGGCAGUGCUACGUACAAGUCUUUCUGGAACAGUUUACUCGUUUGUAAAGGUCACGGAGGUCGUGUUUACCUGUGCUGAAGUCAACACCCCAAAAACAAAGACUGAACUUGCAUGUUUGCCUGUGUUACUGUUACAAAUAUUUUCAAUUCUCAAUAAAGCAAAAACAAAAAACAUUUAUCAAACACUAUUUAUUUUAAAUUAAUCUGGAUCAAGUUGGUAACAAAUGCUAAAACUUUUCAGGCUGCCACAUCUUGCUUUGUUCCCCCAAAAACACACAAGAUGUUUUUUCUUGACAUUCACUGAGAAAUCUUGACUUUUUCGAUCAUGACUGCCUCAUUUACAAAUGAAUAAUUUUGCAAAAACUCGGGCUAGCUUUCGAUUAUCCAACUUUCACACAG